UGUCUCUCUUUUUCUUUCUCUUUCUCUUCUCUCAUUUCAAGUUUGUAUCCAUUGACCAUCAUCGCACGCACGCAACGAUACGCUCCCAAAUCCAUAAACCCAGCCUCCCCGAUCGGAAACCUUGACCCCACGUCUCUCUCUCUCUUCGAUCUUGCUUCUUCUUGGGUCCGCUAUCAAUCCCCCGAAAGUCACUGAAUCUUUGCUUUAUUCUCAGAUCCUCUCUCUCUCUCCACACUCCUUUCUCUGAAAAACCCUAGCAUUUACUCGUCUCACUCGCUAUGCUUCCUUUCUAUUCGGCCCUCUCGGGCCAGAUUCGCUAUCUUCUUCAGUCCUUGAACGAAUCCAACUCUGAUUCUAUCUUUGAAGAACUCUGUCAGUAUAUUGGAUAUGGAACUGAGGGAAGCAUGUUGCUUCUCCAAACCUGUUUGGAUCACUUAAAUAUUUAUGGGAGAGACUUGAAGAAUAUGCAACUGGAACCAAUAUUUGGUUCAAUUUUCAAAUAUAUAUUGGAUAAACCAAAUUUCAGUACAGUGCUCUCUGAGUCCCUGAGAAGUACUGUGAUUAAUGAAGAUUUUCUUGAAAGUCUCUCAAAUGCUUUAAACUUAUCAGCAACUGAGAAAAUUGGAAUUGGUCUUGCUUUGUCGGAUUCAGAAAAUCUGGACAUCAGUAUGUGUGGGAAGAACUUUUGCAUGGCUCAGAUUGGGGAAUUAUUUGCCAGUCAUGCAUGUGUUGAUUCUGCUGAACAAAUUCAGAAUAUUUUUAUGUUUCUUCAUCGAUCUGAGGGCCUCUCCAAGCAUGUUGAUUCAUUCAUGCAAAUGUUAUCUUUAGUGCAAUUGAACAAGGGUGACCGAUUUAUUUUAGCUCCAUUCCUUCUAGAUGAAUUGCGUGAGGCAACCUUCUUGAGGAACUUCGAUUUGUUCGAUGAAAGCAAUGAAGAUGAUUUUGACGCUGUUCUAGCAGAAAUGGAGAAGGAGAUGAGCAUGGCCGAUAUAAUAAAGGAAUUGGGUUAUGGAUGCACUGUUAAUGUCUCACAGUGCAUAGAGAUGCUAUCUCUUUUCUUACCGCUGGCUGAAAUCACUGUCUCUAGGAUAUUUGGCACAAUUGCUCGCACACAUGCUGGGCUUGAGGACAAUCAAAAUGCAUUUUCAACUUUCUAUUCUGCUCUUGGCAGUGGCAGUUCAUCUGAUCUGCCAUUAUUGAGUUCCUGGAAUAUUGAUGUCCUUAUCGAUUCAAUCAAGCAGCUUGCUCCUGGAACCAACUGGAUAAGUGUUGUGGAAAACCUAGAUCAUGAGGGAUUCUACUUCCCCAAUGAGGCAGCAUUUUUCUUUUUCAUGUCGGUUUAUAGAAGUGCAUGCCAGGAUCCAUUCCCACUUCAUGCCAUCUGUGGGUCUGUUUGGAAGAAUACAGAAGGCCAGCUAUCUUUUCUUAAGUAUGCUGUUUCAGUACCACCUGAAGUGUUUACGUUUGCACAUUCUGGAAGGCAGCUGGCAUAUGUUGAUGCUGUGCAUGGUCAUAAAUUUCAACUUGGACAUGCAAAUCAUGCAUGGUUAUGUCUUGACCUUUUGGAGGUGUUGUGUCAGCUAGCUGAGAGAGGUCAUGCAAGUUCUGUUCGAUCAAUGCUUAAGCAUCCUCUUGAGCACUGCCCUGAAGUUUUGCUUCUUGGGAUGGCCCACAUUAAUACUGCGUACAACCUUCUCCAGUAUGAAGUUUCUUCUACUGUAUUCCCCAUGAUUCUUAAAGAUAGUAUGAGGAGUGGCAUAAUUCUUCAUCUCUGGCAUGUUAACCCCAAUCUUUUGCUGCGGGGAUUUUUAGAUGCCCACAACAUUGAUCCAGAAAAUAUGAGUAGAGUUUUGGACAUUUGCCAGGAGUUAAAGAUACUCUCACCGGUAUUGGACAUGGUUCCUUCAUGUUUUGGUAUUAGAUUGGCUGCCCUUGCUUCCCAAAAAGAACUUAUAGACCUGGAGAUGUGGCUGAGUUCUAAUUUGAGUACUUACAAAGAUAUUUACUUUGUGGAGUGCCUUAAAUUCCUAAAGGAGAUUCAGUUUGGCGUAUCUCAGGACGUUUCUGCUGAACAUUUCAACCAUUCUGGUCGCAUUUGGAACCUCUAUUUGGAGACAAGUCCUACUGUCUUGAAGGUUCUUCAAUAUCAUACGGGCUUGAUUAGCUCUAGCCAGCUUUCUGAGGAAUUGGAGAAGGUGAAUGUAACAUUCAUGCAUUCUACUUCAAGAAUGAAGAAUUCUGGGGCUAAUGAUUCAUCACCCUCUGAUGGAUAUGCGGAAGACAUUGAGACAGAAGCAAAUUCUUACUUCCAUCAGAUGUUUUCUGGUCAACUAACUAUUGAUGCGAUGAUUCAAAUGCUUGCUCGAUUCAAGGAAUCUCCUGAGAAAAGGGAACAAUCAAUUUUUGAGUGCAUGAUUGGCAAUCUAUUUGAAGAAUACAAAUUUUUCCCCAAGUACCCUGAGAGGCAGCUCAAAAUUGCCGCAGUUCUCUUUGGUUCUCUCAUCAAGCAUCAGCUUGUAACUCAUCUCACCCUUGGUAUUGCCCUCCGAGGUGUUCUGGAUUCACUGCGUAAACCUGCAGAUUCCAAAAUGUUUGUGUUUGGGACCAAAGCUCUGGAACAGUUUGUGGACCGUUUGAUUGAGUGGCCACAGUAUUGCAAUCAUAUCUUACAAAUAUCUCAUCUGCGUGGUACUCAUUCUGAGCUUGUUGCAUUCAUUGAACGGGCACUUUCCAGGAUUUCAGCAGGUCAUGCAGAGUCAGAUGGAGCACACGGUACUUCUGCUGAUCAACAGCAUGGUUCUAUUCAGGCUACUGAAACAAACAUGGAGAUGCCUGGUUCAUCAUUCCCAUUGAUUGCAUCUGUUAGCACGCAACUUGGAUCGCAAAUUUCUUCUUCAAUUCAACUUCAACAGAGACAUCAAGUUCGUUUGGAUGAUGGUCAGAAGGCCUCUGGAACUUCGUCUAACUACGUGAAGCCUCUUACAUCUACUGCAGGGCAGUCUUCACUCAUUCCUGCCAGUGAUGCAGCUGGCAAUCAGAAGUUACAGAGUGCAUCGAGUGCUUCAUCUGUACUGUCCUCCUCUACUGGUUUUGCUCGUCCAUCUCGAGCAAUUACCUCAGCAAGGUUUGGCUCUGCUUUAAAUAUUGAAACACUUGUUGCUGCUGCGGAGAGAAGAGAAACUCCUUUAGAGGCUCCAGCCUCUGAGAUUCAGGACAAGAUUUCGUUUAUUAUUAAUAAUUUAUCUGCUGCAAAUGUUGAAGCUAAAGCAAAAGAAUUUACUGAAUUUAUGAAAGAGCAGUACUAUCCCUGGUUUGCUCAGUACAUGGUAAUGAAAAGAGCAAGCAUUGAGCCAAAUUUUCACGACUUGUACUUGAAGUUUCUAGACAAAGUUAACUCAAAGCCUUUGAACAAAGAAGUUGUACAAGCCACUUAUGAGAACUGCAAGGUUCUUUUAGGGUCGGAUCUUAUAAAAUCGAGUUCAGAAGAGCGUUCCUUGCUAAAGAAUCUUGGAAGUUGGCUUGGGAAGAUCACAAUUGGUAGAAACCAAGUCCUGAGAGCACGUGAGAUUGAUCCCAAGUCUUUGAUCAUAGAGGCAUAUGAGAAGGGUUUGAUGAUUGCAGUAAUUCCAUUCACUUCCAAGGUUUUGGAACCAUGCCAAAGCAGUCUAGCUUAUCAACCUCCUAAUCCUUGGACAAUGGGUAUUCUUGGAUUACUUGCUGAGAUUUAUGCAAUGCCAAAUUUAAAAAUGAACCUCAAGUUUGAUAUCGAGGUCCUAUUCAAGAACCUUGGUGUUGAUCUGAAGGACGUAACUCCAACUUCUCUGCUCAAGGACAGGGUAAGGCAACUUGAAGGAAAUCCCGACUUUUCCAACAAAGACGUUGGUGCGUCUCAACAACAGAUGGUUGGUGAAGUCAAAUCUGGUACAAUAUCUACCCUAAAUCAAGUUGAGCUACCGCUUGAAGUUGCCACCCCAGCUCAUCCUGGUGGCCAUUCACAUAUAUUGUCUCAGUAUGCUGCUCCUCUCCAUAUAUCUUCUGGUGCGUUGUCGUUGACGGAGGAUGAAAAACUGGCAGCUUUAGGCUUAUCUGAUCAGCUCUCUUCUGCUCAAGGACUAUUACAACGACAAUCACCAUUUUCUGUUAGUCAGCUUCCAGCGCCAGCAUCUAAUAUUGAACAACAAGUUAUUGUAAAUCCAAAGCUUCAUGCAUUCGGCCUGUACAUGCACUUUCAGAGUGUCGUUCCAAUCGCUAUGGAUAGAGCUAUCAAGGAGAUAGUAUCUGGCAUUGUGCAGCGCAGUGUUUCUAUAGCAACUCAAACAACAAAAGAACUUGUUUUGAAGGAUUAUGCCAUGGAGUUAGAUGAGACACGCAUACGUAAUGCAGCACACUUGAUGGUUGCCAGUUUGGCUGGAAGUUUAGCUCAUGUAACAUGCAAGGAACCCUUACGUGGCUCAAUAUCAAGUCAGCUUAGGAAUUCACUUCAGGGUUUAAAUAUUGCAAGUGAACUUGAACAAGCUGUGCAACUUGUUACUAAUGAUAACCUUGAUCUGGGCUGUGCACUGAUUGAACAAGCUGCAACAGAAAAGGCAAUACAAACCAUCGAUGGGGAAAUAGCUCAACAACUUUCUGUAAGAAGGAAGCAUAGAGAGGGUCUUGGUCCUGCAUAUUUUGAUUCAGGUCUGUAUGCACAAGGUCAUGCCGGAGUUUUACCAGAAGCCCUUCGCCCUAAACCUGGCCGGUUAUCCCAUUCUCAACAACGUGUUUAUGAGGAUUUUGUUCGGUUACCCUGGCAGAAUCAGUCAACCAAUAGCUCAAAUGCCCUACCAGUUGGCCCUUCGGUUUCAUCUGUCAGUGCUGGCAUGUCCUGGACAUUUAACUCAGCGUCAGGACAACUGAACCCAGGCAUUUUCUCAUCUGGCAUAGGAAACACAGGAAUUAGUGCAGUGGUUCAGCCCUUGGACCUUGUCUCUGAGGAGAUGGAUUCUAGUUCAGCUCAGCUUCAUAGUGAUUCCUCAACUCAUAUUGGAACAACUGAUGGAGUUAAUUCACAAGAUUUUGAAAAUGAUGCUAUUGUUAACUCAUUUUCUUCUGUCUCAUCCCCUGAAUUGCAUUCUGUGGAAACAUCCAACAUUGUAAAAGAAUCGGUUGCUUCUUCACAGCCAUUACCUUCAACAUCUGUGAUUGAACGCCUAGGAAGUAGUACUCCAGAACCUUUGUGGACCACAGGCGAUGCAUUGGAGAAAUACGAGAUUAUUUCGGAGAAGCUGGAAACUCAAGUAACUAAUGACGCUAAAGAUGCAGAUAUUCAGGGAGUAAUUGGUGAGGUUCCUGGAAUCAUUCUGAGAUGUGUAAGUCGAGAUGAGGCCGCAUUGGCUGUGGCUCAAAAGGUUUUCAAGGGGUUAUAUGAAAAUGCAUCAAACAAUACCCAUGUCGCUGCUCAUCUGGCCAUUCUGGCUGCCAUUCGUGAUGUUAGCAAGCUUGUUCUUAAGGAACUGACUAGCUGGGUGAUCUACUCCGAUGAGGAUCGAAAGUUCAACAAAGAUAUUACUAUUGGCCUUAUUCACAAUGAAUUACUAAACCUUGCAGAGUACAAUGUUCAUAUGGCUAAGCUGAUUGAUGCAGGAAGGAAUAAGGCUGCAACCGAGUUUGCUAUUUCCCUUAUUCAAACAUUGGUGAUUAAUGAUUCCAAAGUCAUUUCCGAACUUCAUAAUCUCGUUGAUGCAUUGGCAAAGCUUGCGGCAAGGCCUGGAUCUCCCGAGUCAUUACAACAGCUGGUUGAGGUUGCCAGGAAUCCUGUUGCUAAUAAUGCUGCUGUGUCUGUUGGCAAGGAGGAUAGCACCAGACAAGCUAGAGAGAAAAAGGCUCCUGGUCAUGCUGUAGCAAGCAGGGAAGACUAUAAUGUUGUUGAGUCAAUGGAACCUGAUCCUGCUGGUUUUCGUGAGCAGGUUUCUUCGUUGUUUGUGGAAUGGUACAGGAUAUGUGAACUUCCUGGUACAAAUGAUGCAGCUUGUGCCCAUUUCGUCUUACAAUUGCAGCAAAGUGGACUGCUGAAAGGAGAUGAUAUGUCAGAUCGUUUUUUCCGCUCCCUGAUGGAACUUUCUGUAUCGCAUUGCCUAUCUUCUGAGGUGAUUAGUUCUGGCCCUCAGCAAUCAUCUCAACAAGUCCAGCCCCUCUCCUUCCUUGCUAUCGAUAUCUAUGCAAAACUUGUCUUUUCAAUCUUAAAGUUUUAUCCGGUGGACCAGGGAUCAAACAAACUCUCUCUUUUGCCCAAGGUUCUGGGAGUGACUAUGAGACUUGUUCAGAAAGAUGCAGAGGAGAAGAAGUCAUCUUUUAAUCCAAGGCCAUAUUUCAGGUUGUUCAUUAACUUGCUGCUCGACCUGGGUUCAAUUGACCUUGUCUUUGAUGGUGCAAACUUUCAGGUUUUGACAGCUUUUGCAAAUGCAUUCCAUGCUCUACAGCCCCUUAAUGUUCCCGGAUUCAGCUUUGCAUGGCUUGAACUGGUGAGCCACAGAAGUUUUAUGCCAAAAUUGCUCACUGGAAACGCUCAGAAGGGGUGGCCAUAUAUGCAACGCUUGCUGGUUGAUUUGUUUCAAUUCCUGGAGCCAUUCUUGAGAAAUGCUGAACUUAGAGAGCCGGUUCAUUUUCUGUAUAAAGGCACACUAAGGGUGUUGCUAGUGCUACUUCAUGAUUUCCCCGAGUUCCUCUGCGAUUAUCAUUUCAGCUUCUGUGAUGUCAUUCCUCCAAGCUGUAUACAGAUGCGAAACAUAAUCCUUAGUGCAUUUCCUCGUAAUAUGAGGUUACCAGACCCAUCUACUCCAAAUCUGAAGAUUGAUCUGUUAGCUGAGAUCAGUCAAUCUCCGCGUAUUCUCUCUGAAGUUGAUGCAGCUCUUAAAGUGAAGAUGAUUAAGGGUGAUGUAGAUGAGUAUCUGAAGACAAGGCAACAGGGGUCUUCGUUUUUAACUGAAUUGAAACAGAAACUGUUGCUUCCACCAAGUGAUGCUGCCCAGGCUGGGACACAGUAUAAUGUACCAUUAAUCAACUCCCUUGUGCUUUAUGUUGGAAUGCAGGCUAUUCAGCAGCUGCAAGCAAGAACUCCUCCUCAUGCACAGUCAAUGGCCAGUAGCGUUCCAUUAGCUGUAUUCUUAGUUGGUGCUGCCUUGGACAUCUUCCAGACAUUAAUAAUGGAUCUAGAUACUGAAGGGCGCUACCUCUUUUUGAAUGCAAUUGCUAACCAACUACGUUAUCCAAACAACCAUACACAUUAUUUCUCGUUCAUCCUCCUUUACCUAUUCGCCGAAUCAAACCAGGAAAUCAUUCAGGAGCAAAUUACAAGAGUUCUAUUGGAACGCCUGAUCGUUAACAGACCUCAUCCAUGGGGGCUUUUGAUUACUUUCAUUGAGCUGAUUAAGAAUCCUAGAUACAACUUCUGGAGCCGGUCUUUUACGAGGUGUGCACCGGAGAUAGAGAAACUCUUUGAAUCAGUCUCAAGAUCAUGUGGGGGACCAAAACCUGUAGACGAGGGCGUGGUCUCAGGUGGGAUAUCCGACAACAUGCACUAAUUCUUUCGGCGCUUGGAAACCCUGUUGUAUUUUAUUCAUUAUUUUCCAAAACACGGCCAAUCUGUUGUUGUGAUUAGUUGAAUUUUAGUUGAUAUGCUAGUAAAACAGUUCUAAUGUAAAUAUUUCUUUUUUAUUGUUUCAUUUCUAGACAAUGAAGCUCGCAACUAUUUUGGACAUUUCGAUUCUUGAGUAAUGGGCAUUAGAUUUGAAUCUUGAUUA